CUUUCCCCACUCUCCAGAUCUCUCCGUCUCUUUCCUCCGCAGUUUCCCCCGUGCCGGCUCAUUUACAAUGCUGCGCUCACUGUGAGCAAAGGCUCCGUGAUCAGCAGAGCGAUCGCCCCCCCUCUCUCCCUGUCUUGCGGCUGGCGGUGGCAGCGUCCCCGGAACUGCCGUGCUCGUGUAGGGAUGCGUCGCCGGUGAGAAUCGCUGGUGGGGGGCAAAAAGGGGUGUCGUUGCUGUCUUAUGCCGUGGAGAGUGGAGCCGGCGCGUCUCUCUCUCCCCCGCUGUAUAUCUCGCUCCCUCUCUCUUUAUGCAUGCUGCCUUAGACAGCCUUGCACACUCCCCCUGACUGGAUGGAGGCACAAGGAGGGGCAAGUACCCCAGAGCCAAACAAAGACAUCCUGAAUCUUCUUCUGAAGCCAUCCAGUUCAGGAGACCUGGCCCCAGAGCCUUCCCACAAUCCAGUAGAAGAGGAGGAGGUCCCUGUGACUAACUCCGGACUGCUGCAGGUCACUGAGAGGAGACAGCCGUUGAGUAGCGUGUCUUCCUUAGAGGUGCACUUUGACCUCCUGGACCUGACCGAGUUGACGGACAUGUCCGACCAGGAGCUGGCUGAAGUCUUUGCCGACUCAGAUGAAGAGAACCACAAUGAUUCUCUGGCUGGUCAGCACCACCACCAUCACCACCAUCACCAGCAGCCCCCGCUGCCCCCGCUGCCCCCGCUGACCCGGGGGGGAUACACGCGAUCUCCAUCCUGGACCCGCUGCAGCCGAGGGGAGCAGCCCCGAGACAGGAAGCACCACAGUGACUCCGAAAACACGGACCCCUUCCUGAAGAUGGAGCGCCCAAAAUAGCGCCCCCCCCUUCGCAGGCGGCCAGGAACAGCACUCCCACCCGAGACCAAAUGGUGCUACAUGAACUGGUUUUGGAAGCUAUGCCCCCGCAGCCACGCGAGCGAGACACGCCCACACACGCACCCCUCCUGACACGUUGCACGUUUUAUUUACAUUCGGAAAUCAGGUUAAUAAAAGUUCAAGGAUCCAGGCCCUCUCAGGAUCACCAACCCUGUUUCGAGCAUGCCCGGUCACAGAGCAUGCUGGGAAAUCUACCGUGAGGUGUAAAGCUCUGACUGGGAGAGGGGGGGGGGGGAGGUGUACAGAUCUUAGUUUAAGAUGGGCCCCCACC